AUAAGUAUUUUCCACUUUGAAUAGACGUAGGUAUUAUUACAGUAUUAGUAACACUGCUACUACAGUAGGUACUAUAAAUAUAAUGGCUGACAAACGUAGGGAAAACGAGUUUCUUGAAAUUCUCGGCGCAUCUGUGAUAAACAUAAAACAGCUUGGGAAACUCUCUUCAUAUGGAAUCUCAGAUACAUGUGGAAUCAGGCCAUUAGCCUGGAGAAUUCUGCUAAAAUAUUUGCCAGCAAAACGUGAUUCUUGGGCAAGUGUUCUUGAUGAAAACAGAAAAAUCUAUAAACAAUUUGUUAAUGAAAUGAUUAUCAAGCCAGGAUUGAAAGAAUACUGUACAGAGCGUACUGAUGUGACUAUGGAUGAUCAUCCACUUAAUCCAAAUCCAAAGAGUGAGUGGAAUUCCUAUUUCAAAGAUAACGAUAUACUUUUGCAAAUUGAUAAAGAUGUUCGAAGGUUGUGUCCUGAUAUAUCAUUCUUUCAAAAUGCUUCUAAUUAUCCUUGUGAAGAUUUAGUCAAUCCCAUCAAUAGGGUGGAAGUGUUGCAUAAGAGAGUACAAAGAACUGCUUUAAGUUCACAGAAUGUUGCAAAAAAUAGGUCUGGCAUCGUUUCUGGUCUAAUCAGCAAGAAAAAGCAAGCAUUAGAAGAGUAUGCUGUUCUUCCCGAAGGAUCAGAAGCUCACUGGGAAGUCGUUGAAAGGAUUCUAUUUAUAUAUGCCAAGCUCAAUCCAGGGACAGGUUAUGUGCAAGGAAUGAAUGAAAUAAUUGGGCCACUGUUUUAUACGUUUGCUUCUGAUCCAAAUAAAGAUUGGGCGGAGCAUGCGGAAUGCGACACCUUUUUCUGUUUCACAAAUCUCAUGUCAGAAAUUCGAGAUAAUUUUAUCAAAACUUUGGAUCAUUCAAUGACUGGAAUUGGUGGAACGAUGGAUAAAGUGUCCAACUUGGUUAAAACUUGUGACCCCAAAGUUUGGUUGCGGCUUGAUUCGCAGAGUAUUAGAGAAGAGUUUUAUUUAUUCAGGUGGAUUACGCUACUUCUGUCUCAAGAAUUCUCCCUUCCUGACACAAUUCGAUUGUGGGACUCGUUAUUUUCUGAUCCAUUACGAUUUGACUUAUUAGUUGCUGUAUGUGGGGGAAUGAUCAUCUUGCUUCGUGAUCAGUUAUUGACGGGGGAUUUCAGUUCUAAUAUGAAAAUGUUACAAAAUUUUCCUGAUUCUGUUGAAAUGGAAGUUAUUAUUGCUAAAGCCCAUGAAAUCAAAUCAUAUGUCAAUUUGGCCUAUUUACAGAAAUAACCCAUAUCUUAAUAUAAUAAAUCAGCAUUUCACUAUCAACUAUCGCUUUUACUUAUUACAUUAUAUACAUCAUAUAGCUUCCAUUUUAAAUAUUUUUGAAUCGAUGUUGAUGUAUGAUUUGGUGCCUGAAUUUUGAUGCCCAGUUUGAUAUGAUUGUCUGAAGUGGUCAUGAAUUUGUAUAUACAAGCUACAAUUGAAAUUAUAAAAACGAGUUUUUUAUUGCACAAACGAGUCACAUGAAAACACUUUUGUCUUAUAUUCUUAGUAUCAUUUGUACUAAUCAAAAUGAUUUCUUUUUGGAGUAUAAAUAAAGGUGUUUUUCAAAGCUAUGCAAUUUUUUUUUCAAUCAAACUGGUGACUAACUCUCUCAGCUUAAUUUACCUGUAUAUUUUUCUGAUACUGAUUUGGUCAAAUCCUUUAUCCAAAAUUCACAAUGAACAUUAUUUCAGUAUAAGAAUUUAUACAUGGCAGUCCUUUCCCUUCAAGGCCCAUUAAUGACAAUGCCUCUGACAUGUCGCUUUUAUAUUUCACUACUGGUAAUUAGAGUUUUCUAUGUAUUGUCACAAUCAUUCUCAUGAAAUCUCUGGAGAAUCUGUACUGAUUUGUUGGCUGAACCUUCUAAUGUUUUGAGAUUGAAGAUUUUAGAUGUAGGGCAAAAUGUUAUCGUACUUUACCCCCAAUAGUCUAUGCCUUCAGUAAUUCGAGUUAUAUUGAUGAUAAAUGCUUCAUUACUGAAAUUUUUAAAGUCGGAUUUAUAUCUCAGUGCUUUAUUUAUUUAUCAACAAUUUAUCCAUACCUAUCAUUGUGAUUCGACUAUCUCCUUCUUAAAAUUUGUCCCGAAAAUUGAUAUGCAAAAUCGUAAUAUUCUGAAAUUUAUGUUUUUUGCAAAAAUUAAAUAAAUUGAGCAUAGGCAGACAUUUGAUAGUUAGAAUUUUCCAUUGCCCGAGAAUAUGACGCUAUUUCUUUAUAAACAUUAAUAGAAUCUUUGGUUGAUUCAUUGAUUCUUUUUUAUGAUUUUAAUAUAUCACAAGUGGAAGCAACUCUUACUAACGCACCUUUUCCUGAUUUCUUCUGAUUGUUUGAUUGAUUCAGUUUUGUUUCAUUUAGCAUGCUUUCAUUUAUCUACUUCUUUUAGUUUCAUUGUGCAAUGUGAAUUUACAUUAUUUGACUGUUAUUUAUCAUUGCAGAAAAA